GGAACAGAGAAGCAUGAAGGGACGGGCCAGUCCUCUGGGCUCACUGAUCAGGAGAAGGAGUUGUCGAGCAGCGCAUUUCAAGCUUUCACAGCUGGAAAUUAUGAUACCUGUCUACAGCACCUUGCCUGCCUACAAGAUAUAAAUAAAGAUGAUUAUAAAAUAAUUUUGAAUACAGCAGUAGCUGAAUUUUUUAAAAGUAACCAAACAACAACAGAUAAUUUGAGACAAAUACUGAGCCAACUGAAAAAUCAGGUGCACUCAGCUGUUGAAGAAAUGGAUGGAUUAGAUGACGUUGAAAACAGCAUGUUGUACUACAAUCAGGCAGUCAUUCUGUAUCAUCUCCGGCAGUACACAGAAGCCAUUUCAGUUGGCGAGAAACUUUACCAGUUCAUAGAACCUUUUGCAUUUAUACCAGCAAAGAAGCGCUGGUGUAAUGAGACUGGCAAUAACACCAACAAAGAUGGAUCUAAUCAUAAAGCUGAGAGUGGAGCUCUAAUAGAAGCUGCAAAAUCAAAGAUACAUCAGUAUAAAGUAAGAGCUUAUAUACAAAUGAAGUCCCUGAAAGCAUGCAAAAGGGAAAUCAAGUCAGUCAUGAAUACAGCUGGAAAUUCUGCACCCUCUCUGUUUCUUAAAAGCAAUUUUGAGUACUUAAGAGGCAAUUAUCGAAAAGCUGUGAAGCUACUAAACAGUUCAAACAUUGCUGAACAUCCAGGAUUCAUGAAAACAGGUGAAUGUUUAAGAUGCAUGUUCUGGAAUAAUCUUGGUUGCAUCCAUUUUGCAAUGAGCAAGCACAAUUUGGGGAUUUUCUACUUUAAAAAAGCUCUGCAGGAGAAUGACAAUGUCUGUGCCCAGCUCAGUGCAGGGAGCACAGAUCCAAGCAAGAAAUUUUCAGGAAGACCUAUGUGUACACUACUAACCAAUAAGAGGUAUGAGUUACUGUAUAACUGUGGAAUUCAGCUUCUUCACAUUGGAAGGCCUCUGGCUGCCUUUGAGUGUCUGAUUGAAGCUGUGCAGGUUUAUCAUGCAAAUCCUCGCCUCUGGCUAAGACUGGCUGAAUGCUGCAUUGCUGCCAAUAAGGGGACUUCUGAACAAGAAACUAAAGGUCUUCCAAGCAAAAAAGGAAUUGUACAGUCUAUUGUUGGCCAAGGCUAUCAUCGUAAAAUAGUUCUGGUUUCACAGUCCAUACAGAAUACCGUAUAUAAUGAUGGGCAGUCUUCAGCCAUUCCUGUAGCCAGUAUGGAGUUUGCAGCCAUAUGUCUCAGAAAUGCCUUGUUGCUGUUACCUGAAGAACAGCAAGACCCAAAGCAGGAAAAUGGGUCUAAAAAUAGUAAUCAAUUAGGCGGGAACUCAGAAAACAGUGACAGUAAUGAAACUUGCAGCAGUAAAAGCCAUGAUGGAGAUAAAUGUAUUCCAGCUCCACCUUCUUCUCCAUUGAGAAAGCAGGAAUUAGAAAACUUAAAGUGCUCUAUACUUGCCUGCAGUGCUUACGUGGCUCUGGCUUUGGGUGAUAACCUCAUGGCUUUGAAUCACGCAGAUAAACUUCUUCAGCAGCCCAAGCUGUCCGGAUCUCUUAAGUUUUUGGGCCAUUUGUAUGCUGCAGAAGCCCUCAUCUCUCUGGACAGAAUAUCUGAUGCCAUUACUCACUUGAACCCGGAGAAUGUCACUGAUGUCUCCUUAGGGAUCUCCUCAAAUGAGCAGGACCAAGGAUCAGACAAAGGUGAAAAUGAAGCAAUGGAAUCCUCUGGGAAACGGGCCCCUCAGUGCUACCCGAGUUCCGUCAACUCCGCCAGGACAGUGAUGCUGUUCAACCUGGGUAGUGCCUACUGCCUGCGAAGCGAAUAUGACAAAGCCAGAAAGUGUCUACACCAGGCGGCCUCGAUGAUCCACCCUAAAGAGGUACCCCCUGAAGCCAUCUUGCUGGCGGUGUACCUAGAACUGCAGAAUGGUAAUACCCAGCUGGCCUUACAGAUCAUUAAAAGGAAUCAGCUGCUCCCUGCAGUGAAAACACUCUCGGAGAUGAGAAAGAAGGCAGUGUUUCAGCCUGUCCAUCCGAUCCAGCCCAUCCAAAUGCCGGCUUUCACCACUGUGCAGAGAAAGUGAUGUUUGGUCCUUGGUAAACUGUUACCUGAGACCCAGGGAAUUUUACUAGCCUUUAUAAGUUGCAUCACAACAAAAUGAAUAAAAGACUGGU